AUGCCACGUAAAAACCCAUUUAGAAUGUGGACGCAAGCCGAAAAAACCCGUCUCCAGCAAUUACUUCAAGAAAGAUACGAUGAAGGGAGAUAUUGGAGAGACAGUAGAACCAGUAGAAAGUUUCUCACCAAGAAAAUGAACGAGGAAUUUCCGGCGAGAGAUCAACCUGGUGGUCGGAUGUUUUUUGAAAGACAUGUGGAGGAAUAUUUGAGGGAGUGGGUUGAGAAUCAUAGGGAUCCGAGGCUGGUUGAGAUGCCAGAGAGGGAAUCGGAGGAGGAGGAGGAGGAGGAAGGGGAGGAUGAGGGGGAUGAUGAUGAUGAUGAUGAUGAUGGAAGCAGAGAUGCAAUGACGAAUGAAGUGCCAGAGCGACAAGGAAAAGACAGACAGGAUGUCCAAGACGCACAAGACACAGGAUAUCAAGCCGAAGAGGGAGAAGACAGUGAUGCAGAUGCGGACGAGGAAAGAGGGAGAGGGCGUGAAAGAAGAGCAGGAGGGAAGAGCGGUGCAGCGGAAGCCCGAAAGGCGAACAAGAAAUUGCCGAAGCGAGAGAGAGCAAUAGUUGAUGAUAUGAAAACUGUUCAGGCGUCAGCUAUUGAGAGGAUGGGAGAUUGA